AGCGGCAGCUCGCGUGAUGUGUUUGUGUAUCCUCAGUGUUUUUCUCUCUUGAGUGUUUUAUUGAGUGUAAACAGAGUCUUGUCUCUGUGUAUUUUAGUGCUAAUGAUGAGAUGGAUGUGAUGUGCUGUAAAUCAGGAACUGAUCAGGGCUUACAGGAUGAGGAAUCUACUGAUCAAACCUCCACAGAGUCUCUGGAUUCUUUCUGGAACGCUGGAGAACAGCAGCAGAUCCUGCAGACCAAACUCAAGAUGUGUUCAGUCAAACUCAUCGACUUCAGGAACCUCAUGAUGAAGAUCAAAACUGAACCUACAGAAAUAAAAACUGAACCUACAGCAGAUGAAGAUCACACUGGUGAAGAUAAGGAUUUUAUUCUGUCAGAUGUAAAGAGUGAAUUAUGUUUGGAUGGAGAAAUAACAUCCUCGACUCUUUUCUGCAUCACCGGUGGAGAGACUUUGAGCUCACAGAGACAUUUAGAGGAACUUAAUUCAGAUGACCACAGAGAGAAGAAGAAGAAGAGGCAGUUUCACUGUGAGCAGUGUGGGAAGGAUCUUUUUACAACAACAUCUAAUAUAAACGCCCACAUUAAGACACACAGUGAAGUAAAACCUUUCUCCUGCAAUGAAUGUGGUAAAUAUUUCAGCACCAAACAAAAUAUUGAUGUUCAUCAGAGAGUUCACACAGGAGAAAAACCAUACGAGUGUCCUCACUGUGAGAAGAGAUUCAAACACAAACAUAAUCUGAAGAAACAUGUGCUUAUACACACCAAUGAGAGACCGUAUCAGUGCAGUGAAUGUGGAAAAACCUUUAGGGAUGCAAGUACAUUAAAAUCACACCAGAAAAUUCACUCUGAAAAGAAAUGCUAUCAAUGUUCACAUUGUGAUAAACGUUACUGUUUUAAAUAUCAGCUGAUAGUUCAUGAGAGAGUUCACACUGGAGAGAAACUUUAUCGCUGCAGUGUUUGUGGGAUGAGUUUCAGUCGACAUUACAGUUUAUUGUCACAUCAGAGAAUUCAUACAGGUGAAAAACCUCACAAAUGCUCUCAGUGUGAGAAGACGUUUGUUCGAUUAGAUGGCCUGAGGACUCAUCAGAGGGUUCACACUGGAGAGAAACCUUACGUCUGUUCGAUCUGUGGAGAGAGAUUUGCUUUUUUUAGAAGUCUUCAGCAUCAUCAGAAGAAACAUACUGAAGAACAAACUACACUGAAAUCAUCUGACCAUGUAUAGCUGAUUCAGCGCGAAUUCUCAAUGCGAUAAUGUGCUAGAACAGAAACAAUUAAUUUUUAUAAAUGACUUCACAUUGAACUUGUAAAGUAAUUUUUCGACUACUGUGUUGAUUUUCCCUUCUUUCACCCAGGUCGACCAAUGAGAUAUGAGCUUAUCCUUGCUGCUGACUUAAAUGCAAUAUAAAUCGCGAUGGAUAAAACCAUCUGCUUAAAUAUAAUUAAAAAAAAACUAAAUGUUUCAUUUGAUAGAUCUGAAUAGAAACAUACAUUUGUGUUCAAUUGUAUUUAUUACAUUAUUAAUGAUGUUUUAUUUUAAUAAUAUUCAUUUCAUUAAAUUUAUUUAUUCUAUUCUA